AUGAUUUGUCCGACAAUUCAAAAAGAUAUUGUGGAGGCUUGUGCUAAAGAAACAACUAAGGCUAUCAUUGAAGACUUGGACGGUGAUUAUUUUGGAAUAUUAGUUGAUGAAUCAAAGGAUGUUUCUCAUAAGGAGCAAAUGGCUCUAAUUUUGAGAUAUGUCAACAAAAGUGGAAUGGUGAUAGAGCGAUUCUUGGGUAUUGUCCACGUAAAUGAUACAUCUUCUCAAUCAUUAAAAAAGGCAAUUUAUUCUUUGCUUUUGGAUCACUCAUUAUGUACAUCCAAAAUACGUGGUCAAGGUUAUGAUGGGGCUAGUAAUAUGCAAGGGGAAAUAAAUGGUCUCAAGUCUUUGAUUUUACAAGAUACGUCAUCUGCAUAUUCUAUUCACUGUUUUGCUCACCAAUUGCAAUUGACACUUGUAGGUCUUUCCAAAAAGAAUUCGGAUGUGGAUAAUUUUUUUUAUGUUCUCACUAAUAUUUUGAAUACUAUUGGAGCUUCAUUUAAACGCAGAGAUUCACUUCGACAACAUCAAGAAGAUAAGUUGAAAGAGUUGCUUAAAUUUGGAGAAGUUCAUACAGGGUAA